CUCAAACGAUAUUUCGACUAAAGCUUAUAACCAUGAGAUCUUUCUCUUGGCUUCUCUUCACGAUUUUCAGUUUGUUAUUGUCGUGUUUACUGCUCGUGAGAACUUCAGAAACCGACGGAGCCGAGACCCAAGAUGGUGCUUCAAUACUCGGUCAUCUAGAACCGCUCGGUUCAAGAAACAUAAAACACUCUCUGGAAGUUAUACAGAACUUUCCCGACCCAAAAACGUUCUUUGAGACAUAUGUAGUUCCUGGCCGGCCAGUUCUCAUUCAAAACGCCGCAAAAUUGUCGACAGCCUUUCAUAAAUGGAGUGAUGAAUACUUCUUGUCUCGUCCCGAAGCGAACGAAGUAAAAAUACAAGUAGAACAAAGAAAGAAAGAAGAGCGAACGGGACCUUACGCAGAAAUUCCCUUCAGUGAAUUUGUUAAGAGUUACAAGGAAAAAGAUGUUUAUAUGGUGAGCUCUGUGCCCGAGUUUAUGAAAAGCGAUGUUCUUCUUCCUUCUCCGCUUUUGUGCCGGGAUAUAACAGAAACUUCGGACAUGUUAACUGAUGCAGUGAUGUGGUUCAGCAGCGGAGGAACCAAGUCGGUUCUACAUUUUGAUGAUGGACUGGAAAACAUCAACUGCUUGUUUGCUGGAACAAAAGAAUUAUUAUUCAUCGAUUAUCACAAGUACAAACAUGUGGUUCCCAUCGACUUCCCAGAAGGAAGAUACUCUGGUGUAGAUGUAGACAGAGUAGACUUUGUGAAGUAUCCUGGUCUCAUCAAUGUCGAGUACUACAAUGUGACGUUGAAAGCUGGAGACUGUUUGUAUAUCCCUCACAGAUGGUUUCACCAAGUUCGCUCGUAUAAUCGCAACAUAGCAGUCAAUCUUUGGUGGAAGUAUACACCAAACUUCGUUCCUGAGGAUUGUGACGGAAUGGAACAGAAUCAAACCCUGGACAAAUUUACGUUCACCACAGUAGAGAAACUCAUCGACCAACCAGAGGAAACUUUGAUGAACCAUUUGGAACACUUUCUCGGCAAGAGUGUCCAAAUUUCAUUCAAGACAUUUGUCCAAAAAAUAAGAAAGGAUCCUUAUUUUGGCAAUAAUAACGUCUUAACGUGGACCGAGGACAUGAAAUCAACAACUAAAAAGCUCUUCAAAUUGAUGGACACAGAUGAGGACAAGUCUUUCUCUUGGGCUGAUCUCGAAGAACUAGAAAAAGCUGAUGACGAAACCAUACGCGCCCUGACUAACGAAUACUUCAGGCUUGGUGACUUGAUGGAGCGAGCUCAGGAGAAACUUCAAGAAAACGAUGAGUUGAAUGAAGAGGAUUAUGAAGAUGGAGCAGGAGAUGGAGAUUACGACAUUCAUCCAGUGAAAAGAUCUGGAAAACGAAACUCCAAAGAGGAACUUUGAAGGACAGUUUAGAUAUGAAAUAAAAAACGUUUUCGUAA